CAGACAGCUGAGCCAGAGCAAAAAUGGCGUCGAAAAAACGGCGAGGUAAAACGGGAAAAAAGGCCCCUAAAAAGUCGGCAACACUAAGAUCUGAUCCAAAGAAGCAACCAAAAAAGUCAAAAAAGGUGAAGGAGGAAGAUCAAAGCAUUGAUGUUGAACCUUCUGAACUCAACUUGAGGAGGAGAAAAGUGGCAUCAAGAGAUUCAUCUGCUGCAAGUUGCGAUGAUCCAUCUUCACAAGAAGAAACAUCAGAUGAGAUGAUGACACAGGGGAGCACAGCUGAACAGGAUGACACAGAUGGAAUCAAAAAGGAGGUGUCCAAGACAAAUCCAGGUUCUCUGUCCCUUGAUGUCCUAGCUAUGGUUGCAUCAGAGAAACUGGAAAAGGAGCCAGUGUAUGGCUUGAAUAAAAAGCUCACCCUAAGAAAUGUCCAAUCCAUGGAAGUUCUCAACUUGGACCAGAUCCGCUUGUUGUCAGACAAAGCCCUUGUUAAUCUCUUUGCUGAUAUGACAUCUAAUGAGCUGAAGAGGAACUAUACUUUUACCUGCUACCUGCAACCUAAUAAGUGCUUUGCAAACUUCUCAAGUUUUGGGAAUGAGACAAGGGCUAGGCAGUUGGUCUGUUCUCACUUGCGGGAGCAUGUUGAAAAGAUUGUUAAGGAAUCUGAAGGUGCGAAAGUCAAAUUCACCGCUGAACCAAUCCAUGCCAGGAAAAGAAGAAUGACAGCUUCAAAAUCUUCAAAAAAUCAAAAAAAGAAGAAAGGUAUUGCCUCAGCUAAGCCUUCUCCAUCAUAUUUAAAGCCAGGAAAACAGGACAAAAACACUGUUUACACUCUCCUCAAAUCUGGCAAGUCAACAGUAGUUUUCCCCACAGGAAACAUCGUUGAAAUAUCUGAUUUCAUGUCUUCAAAGAAUUCUAAAGGGAAACAGAAAGAGAAUGAUCAUUCUGGGCUAUCAAAGCAGACACGACUGGCCUCUCAAAUGAAAAAGAAUAUUGCCAAGAAAUUUGCCAUGAAAAAAAGUUUGAAGAGGCAAGAAAAGAAAUUGUGUGAUGAUGAGGCGGAAGGUUCCUCAUCUGACUCGGAGAGGGAGAUCGAUGUGGAAAAUGAUGAUGGAAAAGACCCACGUUUGACAAUUGGGGAAGAGGUGGAUACUGACAAGUGUAUAGCUGUGAAUGAUCAGUUCAUCAUUGACUUACUCACUAGAAGUCAGCCUCAUCAUGAUCAUUGUUACACUACCAUAUUCGGUAAAAGACGCGGAGCAGAGAUGAUGCAUUAUGAAAUUGAAAGUUCUGAGGAUGAAUCUGAGGAAGAGAGCAGUUCUCGGACUUCUGCCUUAAAAUUCAAUAAGCACAAGUGCUUUCCAACACUAAACAAGUCACUUGACCGGCCACUGAAGGUUCUUCAUGGUUGUGUACAAGGUGGUAAUAAUCUGUCUGUUCCUGUGAUACAGUAUGCACGACUAGCGUUUGCCCCUGAUGGGACCCCUCUUGUGAGUGCAGAAGAAGAGGUGCAAGAUUUCAACAGCAACACAAUAGCAGAGAGCUCUAGUGCUCAACGUCCAUAUCCACCAAUGCCCAAGUUUGAACUUGCAAGAAAAGGUAAAGUCUUUGUUCCAGAAGAAAUGAUUGGAUCUUCGGGAGAUGAAGCAGAGAGGUUGUUGGAACAUCUGACAAAACGAAGACAGAACAAAACUAAACCAAAGGAAGGAACUGCAGAGUGGGAGAGGAAAACUGCAUUGCGGUGCAUCAGAGAACUCCGAACGAAAAAGAAGGAUGAUCGCGUGCCACUGAUUUGUAAGAUCUGUAAAGAUAAGACGUUCACAGCAGCUGCAACUUUGAUGUAUCACUACAGAAGUCAUGCUGGUAUCAAGCCGUUUGUUUGCCUCAUCUGCAACACCACAUUUACAAGACAACACAGCUUGAAUUACCACAUGCUGAUUCACAACAACCAGAGCAGAUUCACCUGCAUUGACUGUGGAAGGAAGUUCAGACACCCAAGUCAUUUCAAGGAGCAUAUCCGUCGCCACACAGGAGAGUGUCCAUUUGUUUGCACAGACUGUCCUCUCAAGUUCAAAACACGCAAUACUUACAAGCGACACUUGAAAACAAGACAUGGGAAGUUACUCACAGCUGCUGGGAUUCAUGUAAUGACCGCUGAGGAGUUCAAAAAGUUCCAGACCAAACCCUAUAAGAAACGUGUGGAAGUGAUCCCAAGUGGUGGAUGCACAAUUGUGGAAGGUCAGGAGCAGAGUGUGGCGGAAACACGAGCUCUUUUGGAGGUUGGUGGCAAACUUAAGCAAAAGACUGUUAUCAUAACACCUGAAGGACAGGUAUCUGUGAUAGAGACUGGAACUGAGGGCCAGUUGAUGCAGAUGGAGGCUGGAGGACAUGAAUCAGAUGGCGCUGAUAGCGUGGACAUUGAUGAUGAGGAUGACGAGGACAUUGACGAUGGAUUCUCUGAUGCAUCAAUUGAUAAUGAAGAGGAUAUGGAAAUGGAGGAAGAUGAUGAACUUCUUGACAUAACAUAACUGAGAUGAAAGUUUCUCACUAAUUCAAACAGUCUUUGAUAACAUUCUCCUAUGCAUAAUGAUACAUUAUCUGUGCAGUCAUGUACAAUCAUCGUCAAUACUAUUGAAAAUAUUAUAGGCUGCUCACUUGUCUAUUUUUGAUAUGCGCUGUGACAAGACUGCACUUUGAUUUGUACCAGUUGGUCGUUGCUCUGUGGUACCAGUUGGUAGGUAAUCAGUGCUCAGGUUUGUGUAUCGUGUGUGCAGCCUGACUGAAACUAUACGUAAGCUGCAAUCCAAAGUGGCAUUGUUAUAAAAGUUCAUUGAAGAAGGUGGUUUCUUGGUGUCAGAGCUGAACUUCAAUGAUAUAAUGGUGUAUUGAUCUGAUGUUUUUUCCCACCUGAAUUAGUUGAAUUCCAUGCAUUAUUGUGGUAGGAUGGCCUGUUUGUUUGCCAUAUUUUGUACAUUAAAGUAGUGUAUUCUCAUUUGAAUCUUAGAACUAAAAUUUGAGGGGCUAGAAGCAAACAAUCAUGUCUAUGACAUGUAGUAAUUAGUUUCUUCCAGCAGUCAAACUGUUAAAAAACGAAGGUACAUGUAGUCUAAAACAGCGGCGUGUAUCAAGUAUGUGCACAAUUUUCUUUUGCAGUUUGUCGGUCAGAUUAUUAAUUCUAUUUUAGCCUCAUUCUACUUGAUUCAUUUUAAGACAGCCAAUUCAUAAAUUUGAAGAAAGUUUUCAUAAUAAUCAUCUGAAGUAUCAAUAGUGCCAAUACAACCAGUUUUUGCAUUUAUCAAUAUAUAAAACUAACAGCUUUUAUAAAGCUACUUCUAUUUUUAAUGCAUGGGCUCCUGCUCUGCAAAUAAUGAAGAAUGGCCUCCAGUCCAAGAAUGGAGAAUAAUUUGCUUCAUCCAUAUUUAAAAUGGUGGUUGAUACCUUUAUAGUUUACAUGUAUGAAGCACAAAAAUAAGUUUCCGACACACAAUAUUGAAGAUUAGUCUGGAAAAUGUUUGGAGAGGUUGUGUGUGUUUUUUCUGUCCCCCAGUUUCUGACUGACCAUGAAUAUAUACACGUACUCUUCUUGAAAUCCAUUUUUGGUUACCUGCCCAAACUUGUUGAACAUACUUUCCAGUACCAAACUGUAUGGUAAUUUGUAUCAUGAUAUAUUUUGUGAGGGACUGGAGGCAUACCACUACCAGACCUAAUUUUGGCAGUCGCUCAAGAAUUGAAAAAGUAUAUCAAAAUUAUUUCUCUUUUACUUCUGGGAUAUUUAUUGUUUCUCUGCUUUCGCAAAUAUUUUAAAGAUACUAACGGAACACAUGUAUCAACAUUGUAUAUAGAUUGAGCAGCUGUUUUGUAAAUGUAUAUAAUGUCAAACGAUUCAAAUAAGUCUCAGUCUGGUAUUAUGUAAAGUUAGUAUGUGAAAAAAUACAGUAUUUGUACAUGUACAUGUGUUUCUGUUGAAUUUAUGUGUAGAAUUUGCAUUUCUUGAAAUUCGAUCUUUGCCAGGCUGAGUACACUGUUGCAUUUAGUAAUACUAGUUAUUGUACAUACAUGUAUGAAGUUCUUUAAUACAUGUACCUGAUUUGGACAUACAUUGGACAUUGUUUAAUCAUGCAGGCACAGUUGGUGGCAUUGAACAUACAUUUUAAAAUUCGAUUAGUGCCAGAGGGAUAAAAGUAUUUUUGAAAGUAAGCCAUUGUUUGCUGUGCUCUCAUCAUUAAGUCUUCUGGAUUGUUUCUUUUAACUAUUUCUGUGACAUGUCUACUCUACCACUAUCGUGAAGCUGUGUUAAGGUUUCCUUUUUGUGUCGGCAGUUAUUUGAUGAUGGGCAGUCCAGUGUAUCUGACCAUAUCAAUAUUUCCAUUCAUUUAAUCCUACAGUUUUGUUAUACAUCAAAUUACUGUGUAAAUGCUUCAUACUCCCACUUAGCUAUAGACUUCAUUAUACAAAAAAAUAUGUUGAUCACACAACUAUUGAUAUUCUUAUAAUCUAUAUUUUUUCCAUAUAAUAAAUAUU